GCCUUCAUUUGCAUGUGGAGGAGUUGUAUCUGGAGAGUCCGGGUUUAUUGGGAGUGAAGGAUUUCCUGGAGUCUACCCUCCAAACAGCAAAUGUACUUGGAAAAUCACAGUCCCAGAAGGAAAAGUGGUGGUUCUUUCCUUUAGGUAUUUAGACCUGGAAAGUGACAACUUGUGCCGAUAUGAUUUUGUGGAUAUAUACAAUGGCCAUGCCAAUGAACAACGCAUCGGCAGGUUCUGUGGUACUGUGAAACCAGGUGCCCUUGUAUCCAACAGCAAUAAAAUGCUGGUGCAGAUGACUUCAGAUGCUAACACUGCUGGAAGUGGAUUCAUUGCGAAGUUUUCUGCAGCAGAACCCCAUGAAAGAGGGGACCAGUACUGCGGGGGACGACUGGAGAAGCCGUCAGGGUCCUUCCAAACGCCCAACUGGCCAGAGCGCGACUACCCCGCCGGCGUCACUUGCUCCUGGCACAUCGUCGCCCCCAAGAACCAGCUAAUAGAGUUAAAGUUUGAGAAGUUUGAUGUGGAGAGGGACAACUACUGCAGAUACGACUACGUCGCAGUGUUUAAUGGUGGGGAAAUUAAUGAUGCUAAAAGAAUUGGGAAGUACUGCGGAGAUAGUCCACCAGCGCCUAUUCUGUCUGAGAGGAAUGAGUUGCUCAUUCAGUUUUUGUCUGACUUAAGCUUAACAGCUGAUGGUUUUAUUGGCCAUUAUAAAUUUAGACCAAAAAAGUUACCCUCAACUACAGUUCCGCCUACGACCACAACAGUCCCUGCUACCUCAAUUGUAAAUCCAACAGUUGCCCUGUGCCAGCAAAAGUGUAAGAGGAGCGGGACUCUCGAAAGCAAUUAUUGUUCAAGCAACUUCGUAAUAACUGGAACUGUAAUCACAGCAGUAACGCGGGCUGGCAGUCUGCAUGCAACAAUAUCCAUCAUUAAUGUAUAUAAGGAGGGAAAUUUAGCAAUUCAACAAGCCGGCAAGAGUAUGAGUGCCAAAAUUAUUGUUGUAUGUAAGCAGUGUCCUCUCAUCAGAAGGGGUUUAAACUACAUCAUCAUGGGCCAGGUAGAAGAAGACGGCAGAGGCAAAAUCUUUCCCAACAGCUUUGUCAUGAGUUUUAAGACUAAGAACUCAAAGAUCCUAAAUGCCUUGAAAAACAAAACAUGUUAA